UAAGUAAUUAUAUCCCCCAAAUCCAAGAUUUUAUUAGUUUAUUAGUCAAAAAUGGUUCGGCUUAUCAGCGAACCGGAGAGAUAUUUUUUUGGGUAGAGGAUAACCCUGAAUAUGGCAGGCUUUCUGGGCAAAAUCUUGCUAAAUUGAAAGAAAGAACCCGGGAAAUUACUUCAGCAAAUAAGGAGAACAAACGCGAUUUUACCAUUGACAUUCAUGGUGGUGGUAAUGAUUUAUUAUUUCCCCAUCACGAAAAUGAAAGGAUUCAGUAUUUAGCCGCCAAUAACC